AUGCUCGCUGAGCUGAACGAGCAGGGGAAGUGCUACAGCUUAGGCCAUAUGGUUGCCCCCUCUGUGCCGCUAUUUGUCGACCCCAGUUGCCUCGUCGGCCUUGAUGGGCAAAUCGAGAAGGUGGCCAACAUGGUCAUGGACGUUGGCGACAAGCCUCAACUAAAGAUCGUCUUCAUUGUCAGGAUGGUUGGCUCCGAGAAGACGACGCCUGCCAAUGAGGCAUUCAUCUUUGUUGGAUGGAAACCGGACCUCAAGAAGACCCUCGUGGAUAUGUUCUUGAAACUCGCCAACAGACACUACGUCGAUGACGACAUUCACCACCUCAUCGCAAGUAUUAGAGAAAUAGUGGAAAAGGAAAGGUGCCUUAUUGUGGUUGAUGAUUUAUGGAGUAGGGAACACUGGGAAAUCAUGAAGGCCAGCUCCACACCUCGCUUGACAAAUCUUGGCUGCUUGGUGCGUGUGCUUGACCUCGAAGGCUGUGAUGGUCCAGUAUGCCUUGAUGGCCUCAACAAUCUACCUCUUUUGAGGUAUCUUAGCCUCAGAGGCACUGAUGUCAGUGAACUACCAGCAGCAAUUUGGGAGCUAAGGUGCCUGGAGACACUGGAUAUUAGAUCCACAAAGGUGAAAGAGCUGCCUCACAGCAUUGGGGCGCUACUGCGUCUGAGGUACUUGAACAUUCGAGAUACUGAUGUCAGUGAGCUUCCCGCGACAAUAGGGGAGCUAAGGUACCUGGAGACCCUGGAUAUGAGAUCCACAAUGGUGAAAGAGCUGCCUCCCAGCAUUCUUUGA